CGAGAUUUCUGUGGUAUCCAGGGAGACGACGGCAGCGUUCGUUUUCUUUGCAGUGAGGAAGAAGCGGAUUGUGUUCUUUCUCCUGAUGUUUGUUUGUAGCAGAGAUCAUUCUACUCGAUGGAACUGCCGGAAACAAUCAGGAAACGUUUAGAAGAUUUUUCUCGGAAUGUUUUAUUCGACCAGAGUCGGACUCAGCCUUUCUCAAAAGGGAAUGACACGUUUUUGCCACACGACAAGCGGGUUCUGUCUAGUCUCCAUCUCCAGAUGUCUCUGUACUUUAACAUGUGGUUCUUCCCCUUGUGGUGGAUUAGUGAAACUGUAAUGCUGCACCUCAAGUAUGCUGCCUUGCCAGACUACUACAAGUUCAUCCUUGUCACUGUUCUCAUGCUGAUGACUCUGAUCGAGGCCAUUAGACUCUUUCUGGGUUAUGCAGGGAACCUGCAAGAAAAGGUCCCAGAGUUGGCUGGAUUUUGGCUGCUGACCAUCUUGCUGCAGUUUCCACUAAUCCUGUUUCAGCUGUUCAACGAAGCCAUUCUCGUACAGCCUUUGGAGAGGGGCGUUCACAUAAUUCUCGCCAUAUUCAUACUCACACAGGCCCUUUCUGGUUUUGUGGCACUGCGGGAGAUGGUCAGACACACACAAAGCCAGUUUCAUCUCCGACAGUUUAACUGAAUUCUGAAGCUCUGACGUUCCUGCCACACGUUGACACAGCAGGACAUAUCCUCACUUCACACCUCACUGACUCAAAGGCUGACUACAACAAAAAAAAUGAUGUGUCACUUUUUGUAUAGCAUGUAUUUCAUGGGAUAUUUCCUCCCUACAGUUGAUUAUUAAUGAGAAAAACAUUUGGACAUAUUUAUUUUUGUAUGUUAUUCACAUGGUAUUCCACGGGAUUGUAUUGUUAUUUUUGUAGUAUUUCAAUGAAUAAAGUCUACAUAACAAACA